CGUAAUCGUUUGGUGCACAUUUCAACAACGUAAUCCAGGAAAAAUGAGCCGGAGAUGGACCGGCCUACUGAUGACCGUGGCGGUUCUGAUCGUUGCAUUGCUCGUGACGGUAACGGUUGCAAGGCGACAUCACUUGGAAGUUCGGGAUGAUUUCCGACGGUACAUUUUGCUCAGUACGUUUGGGUUUUAUGCAGGUGGCGUACUGGAUGUGCGAGUGUCACACUUUCGUGUAGAUCCCGGUACAGAAGAGAACAUGUUUGGUCUUUCGCUCGACAAAACAAUGUCUGAUUCGAUGAACCCGUAUUUGGAUUCGCAUCAGGACAAGUGCAUUCUCACCGAACCAGUCGCUGUUCAAAGUAAUGGACCUAUUGUGUUCUUUAAGAUGGAUCUUAAACAGAAUGUUGUGCAUGUUAGUUGCUCCAAGGACUGGCAGAAUAUUCACCUGUACAAAGACCGCAGUGGUGUGCCAGCACUGCGCUCGAAGCGUCAGUCGUUCGCCCAAGUCAGCGAUUCUAAGAUGGUGUAUAUGCAACGCCGUCGCCGGGCUGUAUAUCAUGUACCAGAGUCCAAUGAUUUUGCUCCAGCAGUGGCAGAAACUGCCGAUGUGGCAACAGUCUGUAGUAAGCUAACACUGCCGCUGGAAGUAAAAAAAGACGAUAUGUUCAAGUACUACAGCUUUAAUUUUGCCAUAUACGUUGCUACGAAGAAAGAGGAAGGGCUGUAUAAUCUAUAUUUUCACAGUUGUCCAAACUACUCGCCGAACAGUCUGUACGAGCUGAAUUUUAACGUCGAUAUUGAGGAAAAUAACAGUGGCAACUUUCUAUCGGCUGGUGAGAUGCCGUUGCCGGCACUUUACUUCAUGAUGUCCGUACUGUUUUUCCUCUCCGGACUGUUUUGGGUGUUUAUACUGCGUAAAAGUAAACAUCCGUUAUUCAAAAUACACUACCUAAUGGGUGUGCUGGUAUUCCUUAAGUCGCUGUCGUUAAUGUUCCACGCGAUUAACUACCAUUUUAUAGAAGUGCAGGGUGAACACGUGGAAGCUUGGGCUAUACUAUACUACAUCACACAUCUACUCAAGGGUGCGGUGUUGAUCAUCACCAUAGUACUCAUUGGCACCGGGUGGACAUUCAUCAAGCACAUACUGGCGGACAAGGAUAAGAAACUUUUCAUGAUCGUCAUACCGUUGCAGGUGCUUGCCAAUGUGGCUGAGAUUAUUAUUGCCGAAAGCGAUGAGGGCGACAAGGAGUAUAGCACCUGGCGGGAUAUAUUCAUGCUAGUCGAUUUGCUGUGCUGCGGUGCGAUCCUGUUUCCCGUCGUAUGGUCAAUCCGGCAUCUGCAAGAGGCGGCCGGUACGGACGGUAAAGCGGCUAUCAAUUUGCGCAAGCUCAAACUGUUCCGCCAGUUCUACAUCAUGAUCGUAUGCUACAUAUACUUUACACGCAUUAUUGUAAUUCUGCUGAAGAUAACCGUUGCAUUCCAGUACGCUUGGCUGGAUGAAAUGUUCAAGGAGAUGGCCACUUACGUGUUCUUCGUGCUGACCGGGUACAAAUUCCGACCCGUUUCGCAGCAUCCCUACUUUUCCGUGCAUGGUGAGGAUCUCGACGAUGACGACGACGAUGGUGAAGUAGAAAUCCUCACACAAUCAGGGUUGAGUGAUGGCAUCAGCAAGAUCACCAAUCGAUCCCAACCAUCGUUCACUAUUGCGCCUGGUGCAACGCUGGUGGAAUCGCAUGAAGAAGAACGAGAGAAUUUGAUCAGCAAGCGGGAAUCAUCCCACGAGUACGAUUAGACAGGAGGCUUAUCCGUCGAAAAGAUGCAAAAUGAAUGAGACGUGCUGAGGGAAGUCGAUUGAGUGGACAGAUCUGGAACUGUACGUGUAGCAAAUUUUCUUCCGCAUAUUAGGUUUUUAGCAUGCGCAAGUCCUCACGAACGUUUCAGCGCUGUAGACAAACAUAGGACAAUUUUGAGCUUGGUACGAUUUGAUCAUUUCUACGCUAUGUGUGAUGUUUUGCUAAUUGAUCACACAUCGGGAAAACUUAUCAAAGAAAAUUAGCAGUCAAAACAUAGAUUCUUGUAUAGGAAACUUGCGCGCUAAGGUGAAACGAACGUCACAAUUUCCAUACAUUGCUUUCCUCUGUACGCAGGACUGACUAUCUAGUUAUGAGUUAAUUAAAAAUCAAAGAAAGCCAGAAACAGCAGCCGUAGACCUCUUUCUGGUAGUUGUGCCGCUAUAGAAGAAGAAUAUCUACACUAGUUGAUCUAAAAUUCCAAAACCGAUAUAAGUUGCUACAGUUUGUAAUAUUUCUUGGCCGAGUGCGCGGUUCACAAGUUUGCGCCUGUUGGAAAUAUACGCAUAGACGUACCUAUUCGCGUUCGAUUGCAAUACAAGCGGUGAUAAUGAUGCAGCUAUUUCGCAACUAAAGAUAGAUAUUACUUUUUUCCAACGAUAUGACGUGCGAACGCAUCCAAAGUCAGGCGUGUAGCAAUAGUUGAAUCAUCUGUUUUCUGUAACCUCAAACUGAAGAAAAUCUAAACUUUCCAAAUAAACACUCUCCGUGAAUGAA